AUGAAGGACGCUUCGUCCGAUCCCGGACAUCCGGUGCCGCUGAUCACGGCUUGGAAUGUCGAAUCGCAAGUCCAUUUGAUUGUCGGUGCCAAUCCUUUGGCUGCGGCUCGAUGUGCCAAGAGUCUCGAGGCCGGUGCCUUGCCCAUCGUGAUUGCGCCGGAUACCGGGGACAUGCACUUUGCUUUGUCUGAGCAUAUUGCCACCGGUGCCGUGCAAUGGGUGCGCCGUGACUUUCAGGAUGGUGACUUGACGAGCUUGGGCAGGGAAGAGGUUGACCGGGUGGUGGAUACGGUUUUUGUGACUCUGGGUGGCAACCACCCGCUGAGCCCACAUAUCUCGAAGCUCUGCCGGCGUUUGAGAAUCCCGGUCAAUGUGUCGGACGCCCCCGAGCUGUGCUCGUUUACUCUACUUUCUACCUACUCGGACGGACCCCUCCAUAUUGGAAUCACCACCUCCGGUCGUGGCUGCAAGCUUGCAUCCCGAUUGCGGAGGGAAAUCUCUGCCUUUCUACCUCCUAAUCUUGGAACCGCCAUCGAUCGACUGGGUGCCGUGCGCAGGCGGCUGUGGGAAGAAGAUAACACCGCUGGGCUCGGCGGAGAAGUAUUCGACGCUGAAGAUGACGACGCAACAGGCCAAAAACAUACCUUCAACACGUUGGUCACUGAGAGUGACGUCGCGGCAGCAAAGACAAGACGCAUGCGCUGGCUAUCGCAGAUUUGCGAAUACUGGCCGCUCCGCAAACUCGUGUCGAUCAGCGACGCCGACAUCGACGCUAUCCUCAAGGCCUACUCGUCUGGCAAGGACAAUGCCAAAGGCGCCAUGGGGUCUGAAAUGCUGUCACAAAAGGGAAAGAUCGUGCUCGCAGGUUCUGGGCCCGGGCAUCCUGACCUACUGACCCGCGCUACAUAUAACGCCAUCCAUAAUGCCGACAUCAUCCUGGCCGAUAAGCUUGUACCGGCCCCGGUCUUAGAUUUGAUCCCUCGCCGCACCGAAGUCCACAUUGCACGGAAAUUCCCCGGCAACGCCGACCAGGCCCAAGAAGAAUUCUUGCAGAUGGGUCUUGCCGCUCUGCGAAAUGGACGACAAGUACUGCGACUGAAGCAGGGCGACCCAUAUUUGUACGGCCGUGGCGCAGAAGAAUUCGACUUCUUCCGGAAGGAAGGGUACCCGCCGGUGGUGCUACCGGGGAUCACCAGUGCAAUGAGCGCAUCUCUUUUCGCAGAUAUCCCCGCGACACAUCGCGGCGUGUCCGACCAGGUCCUGGUCUGCACGGGGACCGGCAGGAAAGGCGCUGCCCCGGAGCCUCCCACCUACGUGCCAACCCAGACAGUCGUGUUCCUCAUGGCCCUCCACCGGCUGUCUGCUCUCGUGGAGUCUCUCACUACCUUCCCUGCCGAGGACUCCACUCCCCAUUCACGCACACUUUGGCCCAAAGAUACUCCCUGUGCGAUCGUCGAACGGGCCUCAUGUCCAGACCAGCGCGUCAUCCGUACUACCUUGGAGCAUGUCUGUCUGGCCUUUGAGGCAGCGGGGUCGCGCCCACCUGGAUUGCUUGUGCUUGGGGCUAGUUGCCAUGUGUUGCAUAACCCCCAAGAUCAACGGUGGGUGAUCGAGGAAGGAUUCCAUGGGCUGGAUGAACUCCACGGCGAGGCGGAAGCCGCAACAGAGGCAGUGGGCGAGAGCACGCGAUAA